UCCACACUUCUUCCUCACCCACUCUCUGCGGCAUUUUAUAAUCAUUAUUUUGUCAUACUACCACUCAAUGUUCUUCCAGCUAGCUUACCAUCUAUCUCCUGACCCACUCUUUUUCUCACCGGAAAACUCAUCCAAAUCCAUCUUGCCGCACAAACUCAAUAUAAAAUCAAGCUGCUCUAAACUGUGGCCAAGAUCUCCCCUUUUGUUAUUCCCUAAACGAAUUACUCCCUUUACACGAACAAGCUAAGCUGACUUAGAUGGCUAAGGUUUAUGGUGAAUGAGUGAUUAAGAGUUUGAUGGAAACAAGAACCACCCAUAGGCCAGAUUUGCAUGUUCUUCAAUACUUGGGGGACUAUCCUUGUAAUUUUGAGCAAAACAUGGAUCUUGCUCAACUCCCUAGUUGUAGGUAUGGAAAUAUCUCAUACGAACCUUCCUCAGUAAUCCUAAAUUUUGCAUCAACCUCACAAUCUGUAGAAGCACAUAGGAGUGAAGGCUUAACUCAAGUGAAUCAAGAACUGUCUGGUACUUCUUCCAGAAUUCAUGAUAAUGCUUUGUACAAUAACUCUACACAAAAUUGUGGUUCUUGGAGUGUUUCUAAUAAUAACAGCCUAAGCCCUAUGUUGUUUGGGGGUAGCUUUCCCGGGUUUUUGAUGCCAAACAACGUUACAUCUUUGACAAACAAUCCAUCAAAUGAGAUUCCUGGGCGAUAUACCCAAAAGCAAUUUGAAGACAUGCAGCAGUUUAUUAGCAGUUCUUCUCAAUACCAGAAUUCUUCUUCUGAUCAUGAAGUUAAUAAUGAAGGCUCUCAUGGGUGGCAUGGUGAAUUUGAGAGGGCAACCCACAUCUCAAAUGCCCAAGCUUUGUCACUGUCCCUCUCUUCUGUUUCACCUUCCAAUUUAAAUCCGCCAUGUGUGGGGCCUUUUGGACCUUUCACGGGUUAUGCAACUAUUCUAAGAAGUUCAAGAUUUCUUAAACCCGCACAGCAGCUUCUUGAUGAAGUCUGCAAUUUUUCGGGCCUAAUGGCAAGAAUGCCCGAGCUGACGGGGAAAGUUUUGGAAGAAGUAAGUCUUUCCAGUGAUGUUAUUUUUAAUGCAGCCAAUAGGAGUCUGGGUGGUUUGGGAAGCUCAAAUGACUACUACCCAAGAUCUGAAUAUCAGCAAACAAGGGUCAAGUUAUUACACAUGCAGGAUGAGGUUUGCAAAAAGUACAGCCAAUAUCGACAACAAAUGCAGAUGGUGGUUUCUUCCUUUGAAUCAGUUGCAGGUCUAAGUGCAGCAACCCCAUUUAUCUUGUUUGCUCUCAAAACAAUAUCAGGGAAUUUUUGUUCCCUGAGCAAUGCCAUAUCAAAUCAGCUCAAAAACACAGGCAAAGCUUUGGGAGAAGAUUUAUCAUCCCCUACUGGUAAAUGCAAAGGUUCAGGUUUGAAACUGGUUGACCACGGCCGAGAAAAGCAUGGUAGCAGCAUGGGCUAUUUGGAUUCCCAGCCUCACAUUUGGAGGCCACAGAGAGGCCUUCCUGAGCGAGCGGUUUCUGUUCUUAGAGCGUGGUUGUUUGAUCAUUUUCUUCAUCCGUAUCCGACAGAUUCCGACAAGCACAUGCUCGCCACCCAAACAGGCUUAUCUCGUAACCAGGUUUCAAAUUGGUUCAUCAACGCCCGAGUCCGAGUCUGGAAGCCAAUGGUCGAAGAGAUACACAGCCUUGAGACCAAGGCAAUGGCGGCUGAAAAGGGCUCAAAUGCAGCUGGAAAGGCUGCUGAAGUUGGCACAAACUCAGCAACCGAGAGUGCAAUCCCAUCAAAAAACAGCCCAAACAGCACCCAAUCCUCAAGAACCGAUCCUCGGAUCACAAGAGGAGCUUCGGGGAUGGGCCCGGUGGCAUGCAUUGGUGAAAAACCACAGUCAAGGAUGCUCAACUGUCAUCUUCCUUCGGGUAUGGAUGGACAGUUGAUGGGUUUCAUGCCUUACCAACAAAACAAUAUCGGGUCGGUGUCGCUGACGUUGGGGUUGAGGCAGGGUGCUGAUGUGGCGCAGCAGAAACAAUUGCAGCAGCAGCAGCAACAGGAACCUCAACAGCUUCAGCAGCACCACCACCACCACCUUGGCGGUGGUCAGAUGAUGAUCCAUGAUUACUUCGGUUAGUUGUGGAGUUUGGGGGAACAAGGUAGCAGUGAUAUCUUUAGAAUGUAUCUUUUUUAUAUUUUAUUAUUUUAUAUUCCGCAUAAAAGAAAUAUAAGGGUUGAAGGGCACUUGGUUUGAAUGAUAAUCACGGCGGUUGACGGCGAUAAACCACAGUGGAAAAUAGAAAAGUUAUGCACGUUAUUUAUUACUCCCUAUUUAGUAUCCUUAUCCUCUAUAAUAGGAGUAUUCAAUUAAGGUAGAUUCUAUGUUACCCAUAAGGUAUCAUACCUUUGUCCACCUGGACCAAUGAGAAUGUAGCAGUUGAAUUAUUUAAAUCUAAAUUAAAAAUGAUAAAGUGGUGUGGUCCAAUCAAAUGAAUGGUAAG